GGUCCGGAAGUCGAACCUUUGUUGGCUGUGUCAGAGUCCAAGGCCCCAGCCACCACACCACCUGCUGUGUUAGGUCUUAGUGGUGGUGAUUGGAUAUCCACCAGGAGUGAAUGCACUGGGCUGCAUUGUUUUUGCAAAGAUGUUGAGCAAAGACUUAAUUCCUUCAGGUCUUCCAGGGUGGUGUCUUUGGGUGUGACGAUGUCAUGUGGGUGGGACCCUUAUGAUUGAGUUCCAGCAGGUAUAUAAGCAGAGGGUUUGAGACCAGAGAGAGACACACGGAUGCGGACCACUCCCUCAUCUGCGAGCAGUUCGGCAUCCUGUCAUUUCCUGACACCUCGGUCCUUCUGGGAACACAGCUGAGAGUCAACAUAAACCUGUGUCGGCCGGGGCGGGUGGGAAAUGGCGGAGUACUUGGCCUCCAUCUUCGGCACCGAGAAAGACAAAGUCAACUGUUCAUUUUAUUUCAAAAUUGGAGCAUGUCGCCACGGAGACAGAUGCUCUCGAUUGCACAACAGGCCGACCUUUAGCCAGACCGUUGCCCUCUUGAACGUUUACCGGAACCCUCAGAACUCCUGCCAGUCUGCUGACCGCUCGCGCUGUGCGGGGAGCGACGCUGAAAUGCAGCAACACUACCAUGAGUUUUUCCAGGAAGUGUUUACAGAGAUGGAGGAGAAGUACGGGGAAGUGGAAGAGAUGAACGUCUGCGACAACCUGGGAGACCACCUGGUGGGGAACGUCUAUGUCAAGUUUCGGCGGGAAGAAGAUGCAGAAAAGGCCGUGGUGGAUUUGAAUAACCGCUGGUUUCACGGGCGGCCCAUCUACGCCGAGCUGUCCCCUGUGACGGAUUUCAGAGAGGCCUGCUGCCGCCAGUACGAAACCGGGGAGUGCGCGCGAGGAGGCUUCUGCAACUUCAUGCACCUCAAGCCCAUUUCCAGGGAGCUGCGGCGGGAGCUCUGCGGGCGCCGGCGCGAGAAGCGUGGAUCCAGGUCCCGAUCCCGGGCGCGGCGCUCUCGGGCUAGAGACCGCGGGCCUGGCGUUUUGCGCGACAGGAGGGGCUGGAGAGGCCCUGAAAGAUCUGGGCCCGGCGGCGGGAGCGCGCACCGGCGGGAACAUAGCCAGGCAGAGCCCUGCGACAGGAACAGGCGCGUGAAGCGGGAGAAGCGAGAUGACGCCCACCAGGCCGCUGCCAGUUCUGAAACCAGCUCAGGAGCUGCCUGGUCACUCAGCAUCCGGGCCUCGCUGGGGCUGCAGCCCUUGGAGGUCCAUGCUGUCAACAAGGAGGCGGGCACCCAGGAGUUCGGUGGCCCCUGA